AUGGCGACAGCUAUGCAGGAUGUGUCGCCAUCUUUUACCUCGUCCCCGACAUCCACAAUGACCACCAUAUCUACUACUACUGCUGCUACUGCUGCUGCUGCACCCAAGCCAGACAAGCCUCGCAAGCUACGGUCAGCCUGUGAUGCCUGUCACCGGUCCAAGACGCGAUGUUCCGGGGGCAAUCCCUGUACCCGAUGCCACGAGUACAUGAGCCCCUGCACCUACAGCUAUUCCUCGCGCUGCGGCAAACCCAAGGGGGCCCGGAGUCGCAAGACUCUGGAGCGGGAGCAGCGGGUGGCAGCGGCUGCAGAAUCCGCUCGGAUAGCAGGAAAUCCCUCCGCCCUAGCCUCACUCCCGGCUACAUCGACAUGUACAUCUACAGCAACAACAGCAGCAGCAGCAGCAGCAGCAACAACAACAACAACAAUAGCAACAACCACAGCUCCCUCCCAGGGUCCAGCUGUGGACAGCGCGGCUGCCGCUGCCGCUGCCACCACAUCAACCGUCGCGUCUCCUCGCGCGGACGACUGCCUCGGUCUGUUCGACGACGAUGAGGAAUCGAACCCGUUUUUCUCCAGCGGUAGCGAGAAUACCGGGGGGACUUCGUUUUCCCCGGACUGGAUCCCUCCUCUGCCGUCCAUCUCCGAUUCCGACCUUUCUUUCCCGUUAUUAGAGUCCUGUUUAGGGCCGGACCAUGACUGCAACGACUCCCUUUUCUGGAGCACCACCGCCGAGCCGGACUGCCAGCCGACGAGCAAGGAGCCGCUGGAUCCUCGAUCCAAGCUGCUGCGCUCCUGCAAAUGCCUCCAGACCCUCAGCAGCCUAACCGCUCGAGAUAUCCGCCGAUUUGAUGCCACCUUUGUCUUUGUGCGGAACUAUGCGCGCGCAUUUUCCGCCUUCUACCACUGUUCCCACUGUCCGAAAGAUGCCGGCAGUAUUAGCAUGGCCGUGACCGCGCUGCAGCUGGCCACGACCGCGCUGGAAAAGACCGCCACCGCCGGGACCGACGCGGCUGGAUUCAAGUCGGGCUGCUCAGGGAUGACCGCCGCGGACUUGGACGAGGACCUCCUCACGCCAGGCGCCGAGUUUUUCCUGCCCGCGAACGGCAGGGGUGCCUCCAAUCCGGCCUUCCAGCUGGGCAGCUACCAGAUCGCCCCGCUCCCGGGAGAGCCCGAUCUGGAGGAACACAGCGAGAUAUUAAACAUCUUGAUUCGGUCCGCGGUGCGCCGCCUACUGGCGGUCUGCUGGCAGAUCUGGGAUCUGCUCCGGGGCCCGGCUUCCCGCGACGGCCGCGGGCAUGUCUUUGAACCCUAUGAUCCGUCCUCCUCCUCCUCCUCCUCUUCCUCCUCCUUCUCAUCCGGUCCCGAAAUCCACCAACUCUGUGAUCUUUCCUGCUCGGCGGAAGCAGCCCAGUUUCGGAGUACGCUGGUCCAGAUACCGGCUCGAUUGUGCAACCUACUGGCGCUGUAG